AUGGCCUACCACUCGCUCCCAGCGCUGCCUGCAUCGCCGACAUUAACGAACCCUGAUAUGAUUCUGCCAUACGGAGAAUAUGAUUCUACGCCCUCUCCUCCCCAGCACCCCUAUCGGCCACCUUCGCCCGGCGACGAUUGGGGAGGAUCAAGGUCUGGAGACAUGCAAUUCUCCAUUGGACCCUCACACGCGAUGGGACCUCUCACACCGACUACGCCAAUAAUUUAUGGAAAUGGGACAAUGCUAUCAGAUAUUGGAGAAGUGACGGAGGCUGAGAGUACGCCGGGACGAAAACUGCCUGGUCCAGCAGAGAGAAGGAUGCGCAAGCAGGCACAGAAUGCCCCGAUACGAUCCAGCCCAACAAUUCCGUAUGAUGCUGUUUUGAGACGCGUGAAGAGCGGAAUACACGAGAGAAAAGUUUCGAUGGAAUCGACUAGCACAAUAACAUCUGAGGGACAAUCGGCAGAACUUUUCAAGGAUUUCGAUGAUGGAGUCAGUGUCGAUGACAGUGUUUUCCAAGGAGACGAUGAGGAGAGCGUCGCAGACUCUUACAGCGAGGAAGUCAUUGCGUCAGAGACGCAGCGGCUUGCAAGGAACGAACCCCAUCUUGACAGAGAGGAAGAUCGAAAUUCCAGUGCUGCUUUGAGUAGGAGAGCGGAGCAGAUUUUACUGAACGCGAAGAAGCGCCUGAAUAACAUGGAAGGUAAUCUCACCCGAGCUCGAAGCUCCUUGUACAUUACGCCUUCUGGCUCGAUGUCUUCGAUUCACAGCAGCAGUCCUUUGUCACGCUCGACCCCGUCUCCCCCACACAACGAUCGGCGAAUUGUCUCCGCGCUUGGAGUGUCUCCUGCAAAACACUGGCAACUACACAAACCCUCUGACAGUCCGAAUGGGAGUCCAGGGCACUCGAGGGUAUACAGCGAGAACUCGAUAUCGUCAACAUUAAGAACAGCACCAUUCCCGGUCCGCUCAGCAAGCGCAGCAGCACGAUACAUGAGCAAAGGGGAUGGGGGUCAGCCGUCCCCCCCUAUGCCACAUAGCCCCGACACGGUCCGAGAAGAUUUCCGAACCUCAUCCCGAGGCGGCUAUACAACCGCUCUGAGCAAGUCCUCCCCACCACAUGGUGCACCACUUGAGCCACUGAGUGAAGAUGAGGCUGUUCCAGAGUUCGAAGUGGAUCCGGCAAGCCAAAGGUCCAGCCUGGACGGAUAUUUGAGCCCAAAUGGCGAACAUCGGGUUUUGACUAGGUCCACAUCUUCGAUGCAGAUGCGUGAUCUACGGGAUCAGAUGCAAGAUCUCAAGGGAAGGUUAUCAGUUUUGAGGGACCGUGCCCGGGACGAUACCAUGAAACGCCGAAGCUUGCAAAGCUUAAGAACACCAAGCCCUUUCACCGCGGCUGAACACUGGUACGCAACCUCAAAGAAUUACGGCGAGCAACCAAGUGCAGAUGCUGGGCUUGCACAUCCUCCAUUGAAGGAUGAAACCAGUGAGGAUGUUCAAGCACAGAAGGAGCUGGGCAACGAAGGAGUACCGAAACAGGUGCCCGAGUACGCCAGUUCUGAUGUUACAAGUGUUUAUGAAGAUGUCGUUGAGAGUCACCAUGCCACAGAUGGCUUGGAUGGCAUUCAUGAAGCGACUAUUGAAGAGGAGAGAGAAGGUUAUGAUACCGCUUUAGAAGAAGACGAGGCGGGAGCUGUUGAUGACAUUGACAACGAUUACAACGACGAAAUGGUAAAUCGGGAGGAGGCUGACGAUUAUGAGAGCGAUGCGUCACUCUAUCAUGAUUCAUUAGCUACUCCGAUUUCGCAUGAAGAUCGGGAGGAUGCUUUCGAUUAUGAGCAUUUCUUCCUCCACAGUGCAAUGGGCACCAUCAGUCAGCAAAGACUUGGCCGGAGAGACAGUGUUGGAAGCUUCAGCUCAGAAGAUUCUGUAGAAACCACUCGUGGGCCCAGUGCCCCUCUCACCAAUCAACAGAGCGAGACAGCCGGGCCAGAGAGGGUGGGUCUGGGACAUUUCAGAUCCGAAAGCACUGAUUCCGUUUCAACCAUGGCUACCUUUGCCACAGCGAAUGAAGGUCGUGGAUCGGACAGCGGGAACGAGGAAGAACAAGAUACCUUCGCGGUUCAACAAGGAGAUGUUCCACUUCGGUCGACUACGCCUGUCACUGCGAAGCGUUCAACAUUUGGCACACCCGUCAAAAAUGGCAUCGUGAACGACGUACAGUCACCACCGCAGCAGAGACGUCGAUCUGCUUCUGCAAGUACCGACCAAGAACAGAGAUAUAGCAGCACCGUGCAUCGACCAUCAGUUGCCUCUUUUGAUUCCUUCGAGUCUGUUGGCACCGUUCGUAGCUUCCCAUUGGUCAACAAGCCCAAAUCCCAGCAAAAUCUAAACAACUCUUCGAAUCAAGACCCACGAGAAGCUGGAUCGCUUCUGAGUGACUCUGUCGCUCUGGCUGAGGCCGCUGGGGAUCGUCUGCAACCCUCACCUGUACAUAUGCUCGCGAAGGAGGACCAGAUUCUGGUGGAGCGGCUUGUCGCCAGUCUCGGCAAGUGCGUGUUGGGCUUGCAGGAAGCUGGGCGAGCAAGCUACGAAGGCAGAGUCUGGAGACGACGGCUCGAUGCUGCGAGGAGAGUUCUUGAGGGGCAGGAAGGAGCAGUUUAG